AUGGCUGCUGCGACUGCCGUCGCAGUGCUCCUCAAGACGGCGAGUGAGAAAGCACAAGCCGCUCCUCGCCUUCCUGUCGGCUUGUCUGAGGGAGGAGGGUUCGCUAACCGUGAAGACGGCAGCCAUCAAGGCGCUGUUGGUGCUGCUGAACCUCCCUUGCCGGCAGCAGCAGCAGCAGCAGCAGCAGCAGCGGCAAGCAAUCGCGCUUCGGCUUUGCUGACUUGUGCCUCGAUCCCCGCAGCCUUGACGUUUGUCUUGCGAGAGGCGGAAGAAGACUUCGGAUGCAGCGACGAGUAUCCUCUAGAACCCGUCUCUAUCACGCCGACGCAUUUCAUUCGUGCUUGUGCAGUGCCUCAAGGCCAGUUUGCAGCCGUGUGGCAGUCCUUAGAGGAGGCUGAGGCGCUCACCAAGCUGUCUCUGCCCUUCCCCUCACCGGCUGCCGCAGUCGACGCUCUCCUGGGAGCUCUCCACAUGGCUCCUUGCGAAGGCACGGAAGCGAUUGGCAGCAACAACAGCAGCCACGAGCUGCUGCUUUCGGGUAUUUUUGUGGGUGGGCAGCAAGUGCUGGCAAAGGCAUUUUGCCUGUUCCCUGGAGACGGAUGCCUUUUGCGUCUCGCAGUUCGGAGUCUGGACCUCACUAUCUGCGAGGCUGUCUGCUCUGUUCUCGAGUAA